UCCGCUCCGUCUCAAGCAGACGCGGACUUGUGGGUCUCUGAGGUUCAGGUCGAUGUUUUUCUGAAGUUGCCUUGGAGUUAUAGGAAAUGGGAAAACACCCUUAAGGGGGCGAUUCUUGAAAUUCUAUUAUUGAGGAUAGUCUGUUAAAGCAUUUGGCUCUUGUACACCAACAAUUGCCCGAGUAGGCUUUCUGAGCUUAAACUGCCCUUCUUUCUUUUCUGGACUAGGUUAUCACGUCCAUUAAGAUGUUUCUGAGAUCCAGCUUUCGGUUGAUAUGUUCGUGAGGCUUCAUCCACCACUUGGUAUCAGCAUUCCGGAGGUGAUGCUGAACGCAAUCAUUAUUGGAAGUUGAAGGACGGUUUGCGUCUUGUGCUCUUGAUCAGGAGAAGAGAGUUUGCUUUAAUGCAAGGGCAGAAGAGCAACAGUGGUUCAGUCCCUGACAAUUUUGAUGUCAAUAUGGGGUCUUUUUCUCACAAUAAUGACCUGAAUCAGCACUCUACUCUGAACAACAGUUCACAUCUGGAAGGUAGUCGUUUCUCGAUUAAUAUGGGAUCUUCUAGUGAAGCGACACUGGCGAAUGCGGUCGGUCAUGGCAUUGAGGACUUCACUGGGUGGAGUCUGGGUCAUCCUAGCUCUAUAUUGCAUCAGGAAAGCCAAGUUAGUCACGAAGAUAGAAAAGGGAAACAGUCAUGUGCCCCUACAAUGAGUGGUGAAGGAGGUUCCAGUUCAGCAGGAAGACAAUUUGAACGGCCUAAUGUGUUUCUUCCGGGGUUGCAUAUAAGCAAUCAAAUCCCUGCCGGCCCUGUAGGUUUCCGCAAUUCAAGUACUAAUGCUGAUCCUUGGCGUGCCAAUCUGAGUGAGCGAUAUGCAGGUCAUACUGCUGGACCUGGAGCUUCUGCUAGUCCUAGUCCCAAUAACUCUCGUUCUCAGGAAGCUGAUGAUAUGAUUUCAGAUAUAGCUUCGUCGGCUAAUUUUGGGAGUUUAUCUAGUAGCUCUGGUCAGAUGGAGGAGAGACAUGAUGGGUCGAGUUCUUCCAUGGGGUACUGGGGAUCAUCAUGCAAGAGAAAAGCCUUUGAAGGGACUUCGGGACAUCCACAUGCUGGUUCAAGUUCUGGUUACUAUCCUCAAACUGAAGGCGUACCUUGGCCUCCUACUGGGCUGAGUUUGUCUCAACCUAUGUCAUGGAAUUCUCCCGGCGCUCAUUAUCAGGAGCCACUGUACCCCAGAACUGGGAUUGGCAUGAGAGAAGGUAACCCUUCCCCAUUUUCUUCUUCAAGGGUAACAGGAAAUAGUGAGAUUCCCCCGAGAAAUUACAGUGGGCAGCUAAGCUCAGGACCUCAACAGGAGUCUGAUCCAUCGAGGAGUGCCAGGCGUGCUAAUGCCUUUUCUCUUCAGCAAUCACAUAGAUCUCGUCGGCCUAAUCCUUUGGACCCAAGAUUAGCAUUUAUGGUGGCAACCAAUACGCACACACCACAGACAGAGUUGAAUAUGAGACCUCCCUCUGGUCCAUCGAGAAACAUGGAUGCUGUUCCCUGGAAUGCGACUUCUGCAUUGAGAAGUAGCAAUGUUUCAAGUUCUUUUCUUCCUGGAGAGGUAGUUGUCCAAGAGGGAGUAAAUUUUAGAAGCAAUUCGAGAAGCAUUUCCGAUGUUCACAUGGUUCCAUUAGCUGAGGCCAGAACGCUGCAAGAUCCAGCAAGUUGGAGUUCAGCUGGUAGAAACACAAGUGGUCCAAAUGGUCGUCCUACUGUUCUUGUGGAUGCCAGUUCAAGUGUCCAGUCGUCACCUCCUUCCCGGAUACCUAUCCAAUCACCAGUCCCAUAUGGAGAACAAUUACUGGAAUUGGCUCCUUGGUCUCUCUCUCCUCCUGUUGAUGGCGAGUUGAGCAGACGCAGUAGCCCCUUGCUCCCAAUUCCAUCAAGUGCAUCUUCGUUGCAGGAGAUAGCAGUCUCAACUGGAGCUAAUAACCAAGGAAAUCAUCCUGAAAGCACAAGAUCUUCCUCUGCAGAUAGACGACUUGAAGGUGUGCAUGAGUCCUGGCGUGCUUUAACAGCUAACGUAGAAGGGAGACAACGCGUUGUAUCCGAGAUUCUUCAAGUUUUAGAAGCCAUGCAAAGGGGAGAACGUGUACGAGCUGAGGAUUACGUGAUUUUUCAGCCCUUCUUAACUAACGGUUUUGGCGAGAUGCACGACAGACAUCGAGAUAUGCGCCUAGACGUUGAUAACAUGUCUUAUGAGGAAUUGUUAGCACUUGAAGAACGCAUAGGAGAUGUUAGCACUGGUCUGAGUGAGGAAACCAUUUUUAAGUUCUUGAAGCGGCAAAAGAAGAACGUAUCUGUCGCUGGAGAGCUCCCGCAGGAUGUGGAGCCAUGCUGUAUUUGUCAGGAGGAAUAUGCUGAAGGAGAUGACCUCGGGGUACUGGGUUGUGGCCAUGAAUUUCAUGCCGACUGCAUCAAACAGUGGUUAAUGCGUAAGAAUCUUUGUCCAAUCUGUAAAACAACAGGCUUACCUAUAUGACAGGUAGGAACUUCAUGAGGCAGCAGAAUUUCCAGUCAGAGCGUCACUUCAUUCAUAAGUCGGUGGAUGAUACUCUCAGGGUUAUACAUACAAUUUUAGUCUGGACCCAGUUUUGCUCCUAUAUUUUUGGAGACAAAUUUUACUGCAUGAACCAUUUUCUCAACUAUUGGGAUACUUAACAAUUGAGAGAUAAUUAUAUAGACAAUGACUGAUCAUUCAUGA